CCUCCUCCUCCGCCACCCCGCCCCAACCGCCUCGCGCGCGCAGGGCGGUUCUUCUGCGCGUGCGCGGCCCGCAGUCUCGGUUUGGCUUGCUAUUUUUUUUUUUGCCUUGCCUGGCCUGAGGGAAUUGAGAGAGAAUCGGAGGAGGAGGAGGAGGAGGAGGGGGGGGAGGAAGGGUCUCUGUUCUUGUGGCGUGGGAGGCUGAGCGCGCGAGCGGUGUGUCGGCUUCCAGCAGCUGAGGGGAGCGAAGCGUCAGAGAGGGAAAGGGGGGUGGGGGGGGAGGGCCGAGGCGGCGGCGGCAGCGACGACGCCGAGAGGCAGGCGGGCAGGAGAGAUGAGCGCUCGGUUCCCCGCCAGGACCAGCCAGGAGGACCAGCGGCCGCUUCAGCCUUCGUCGUCUCGCCCGUGUGAAUGAACUGAGGCAAGGCCGGCCUUGGCUUGGCUUGGCCCGGUCUGGUCUGGCCCGGCCCAGGCCUCCGUACCUCGCUUCGGAGCGCGGAGUUGCAGCCUUCUUUCCCCCUCUGGCCGCGGGAUCUGACAGACCAAGACAUCAUGGGAGCUUUUUUAGAUAAGCCAAAGAUGGAGAAGCAUAAUGCCCAGGGGCAAGGCAAUGGACUACGUUAUGGACUAAGUAGCAUGCAAGGUUGGCGUGUUGAGAUGGAAGAUGCACAUACAGCUGUAAUUGGCUUACCAAAUGGACUUGAUGGAUGGUCUUUUUUUGCUGUAUACGAUGGACAUGCUGGAUCCCAAGUUGCCAAAUACUGCUGUGAGCAUUUAUUAGAACACAUCACAAGCAAUCAUGAUUUUAAAGGGCGUGGUACUUCACCAUCUGUGGAAAGUGUAAAGACUGGAAUCAGAACAGGUUUUCUUCAGAUUGAUGAACAAAUGAGGCUACUUUCAGAGAAGAAGCAUGGUGCGGACAGAAGCGGGUCAACGGCUGUGGGAGUCCUGAUUUCUCCUCAACACAUUUACUUUAUAAACUGUGGGGACUCUAGAGGUUUACUUUGUAGAAACAGGAAGGUUUAUUUUUUCACACAAGAUCACAAACCAAAUAAUCCACUGGAGAAGGAACGUAUACAGAAUGCAGGUGGCUCAGUAAUGAUUCAGCGUGUGAAUGGAUCUCUUGCAGUGUCUAGGGCACUCGGGGACUUUGAUUACAAAUGUGUUCAUGGGAAAGGCCCUACAGAGCAGCUUGUCUCUCCUGAGCCUGAAGUUUAUGAAAUAGAAAGAUCAGAAGAAGAUGAUCAGUUCAUCAUACUUGCUUGUGAUGGAAUCUGGGAUGUUAUGGGAAACGAAGAGCUGUGUGAAUUUGUCAGAUCUAGGCUUGAAGUCACUGAUGACCUUGAAAGAGUUUGCAAUGAGGUAGUUGACACCUGUUUGUACAAGGGAAGCCGAGACAACAUGAGUGUGAUAUUGAUCUGUUUUCCAAAUGCACCAAAGGUAUUGCCAGAGGCAGUGAAGAGAGAGGCAGAGCUGGACAAGUUCCUGGAAAGCAGAGUAGAAGAGAUCAUAAAGAAGCAGGGUGAAGGAGUGCCAGACUUAGUCCACGUCAUGCGUACAUUACAAACCGAAAGCAUCCCAAACCUUCCGCCAGGGGGUGAAUUGGCGAGCAAACGGAGUGUGAUUGAAGCAGUUUAUAACAGACUGAACCCAUAUAGAAAUGAUGAUGCUGACUCUGCCUCAACGGAUGAUAUGUGGUGAAACUGCCAUCUAAGCUGUGGAGCUUGCAUCCAUGGAAAGUGUACCCAACCCACAGUGAUCCUUCUUCACAUCCAUCUUCCACCUUACUUGAAAAGAUGUGUUGGCAAAAGUGACUACACGAGAUUACAGCAGCCCAGCACCUAACCAAGAAACUGAUCCUUUUUUUUUUGGGGGGGGGGGGAAUCUGUAGAAAUGAUAUUGAAACCAUAAUGUUGUAAAUUGAACUCCAGGCGAUUUUAUGUUGUAUGAUUUUGUUUUGUAAAGUGCAAUUGUGGUUGUACAAAAUGCUUAUUUAAUAUUGACCUGCUUUACAUCACUUAAGGUUAGAUGAAAGGCUUGGCUUGUUUAAGGCAACAAGUGUUUAGCCCUUUUUUAUUUGUAUUUGUGGUUCUGGAUUGCUGGGAGCAGCAACCUAGCCAGCUAAAGCUCAGGAGGUGCAUAUAAAUUAUGUGAAAGAUGUUUUAUGUAAAGGCCGAUCAUAGCAACUCUAGUAUGGAAAAUAACUGGAAUACAGUUCAUUCUCCAUUACUCUUUUUAAUUGUUUCUUGUUUUGGAAUUCCUGUGGGGUCUGAAACACCGAUGAGUUAUGUGAGAGAUUCUACAAAAGAAGGGAACAGAAUCGCCAACUUUGAAAAUGGCCAUAAAUAUAAAUCAUGGGAGUUAAAAUGCCUUGAUUGUGUGCACCUUUUAGAGGAAAUCUUUACCUUCAAUUAAUUAUUAGUUUAUGUAAGGCUAUAUCUUUCAAUAUUUAGUAGGAGCCUACUCUGUUUUUAUUAUCCUGAUUGGCUGGGUUGGCUGCUGUUCCAAGUAAAAUAGUUUGAAUUCCAUUUUAUCAGUAAAGCUUGAUUCAACAGACAAGACAUGUAACUAUGUAUGUGUAACUCCUUUCCCCUGUCUUUUGAAAUGUUUGUAAAUGAGAUGUCAUGUGGUUGCAUAUUUUUAUCAACUAGUUGCCCAUUUAUGAAAUGGGGGAAACUAUUCACUGUUGCCCAAGGCACAGGCGGACUUUUUCAGUUGGUGUAAUAUGGUUUGAGAAAUGGAAUAAUUUUACAUAGGUUCCUUUCAAGUGUUUUGCUUUGAGAGAACCACAUGAGCUUACAGCUUAUACUUGCCUCUUGCUAAUAAACUCAUUUGUCAGAGCCUGACAAUCUUACCUUUUAUGGUAUGUUUUUUAUGAUCCCCCUUGACUUAGAACAAAAAACUAGUGAUUUAUCAGUAUGUGUGAUUUGAGAUGCAGCAUGUUCAGAAUAUUUAGCUGUUGAGAUUAAAUUGCUAAUUUUUUUUAAAAAAUGAAAGUGAUACAACUAAUUUGACUUGACUUUUCUCCACUGACAGUACAAAAAUAACUUUAAAAAUCAGUCACGUGUUUGCGGAACUACUGUUUCAUGCACCUUGUAUUUUGUCUUUUUUUUAGUUAAGGAUGUCGUAUGAUUGAUAUGUACCUUUCUUUAAUCUCUCAGUCAGCAGAUGCCCCUCCAAAGGAAAAUCAGCAAAAUAUAUAAAUAGGUUGUAGCAAUGUAGCUAGAAUUUUUUAAGGUGUAAAAUAUACCUUUUUAUAGGAUGCAAUGUACAAUGCAUUUUUCUAUAUCUGUCUUUUCCCCUAACUUUGAAAUAUACAUUUGUGUGUAUAUAUAGCCUUAAAACUAUUGCAGAGUUAGGGAGUGUAGAACAGUGAAAAAGUAACUUAAUAAUAAUGUCUCAGUUAAGGAUAGCAUUAUACCAGCAAACACUUGAUGGUGUUAGUCCUCUUGUUUGUGUGAGGUGCUUAACCUUAACAUCAUUGUAUUCAAUUGUACCCCAUGGAAGCAUGAAUGAAGAAGACCUGAGCACUAUUUGUAUUUAUAAAUUUAUAGCAAGUUUGGGUUUAAAGAGCCAAUCUUCACCCUACUUACAAAUAAAUGCUUAAAAUGUACAAUGUUGUUGAGUUCAAACUAUAAAGAUGUCAGAUGUACAGCUUCUCCAUUACUUAAGGGACAUGAAUUUAAAAUAUGAUUUGGUCAGCUAGUUGAGAACUUUAGACUGAUAUUAGAAUUGGAACAAGAACUUUGCGCCUUUUUUGUCCUGUAUAAACUAAAGUUUAGCUCUAAAAGUUGCAAAACAUCAGAUUGAACUAUAGAAACAAAGAUUUAAAAUGUUUCAAAAAUCAUAAGUGGAAAGCCAUAUCUUUAAAAUAAUAAUGCAAAGUGUCAUAAUGACAUAGCACGUGUUUACUAAAGGAUGCAGCCUUUCUUAAAAAUUAAACCCAUAAAACAGUUCUUCUGCUGUUGCUGCUGUUGCUGUGAGAAGGAGUGGGAUUAAAAGGUACAGCAGUAAUAAGUUCCCUUUGUAACGUUUGGCACUUUAAAGUGGUCAAAGCACUGUGUCAAUUAUGCCUGCUUAAUACUCUGCUAUUUUAUUAUUUUAUGUGUACCAAAACAAAAUUAACUUCAUUUAAUCACUGCAUCACAUACUCUAAUAAGGGCGCUCAUUCUUGUUCAUUAGUCUGCAAAAAAGAAAGCACUUUUCAUUUUUGCAACUUUAUAAAAAUGCUAAAAAUGUUGGAAGACCUCAGGGGCAAUGCAGCAAAGUUUUGAAGAAUUGUGUGCUAUUUAUUUCCCUGACUGGAGGGAGAGCAGUGGAUGCCUGUGUGCUAACAAAAUAAAGGAAUAUGAUGGUCUCAAA